UUUUUUUUCCUAGCUUAAUUUCAAGUUAGACCAUGUGGUGACAUUAGUUAGAAGAUGACUGAAAACUACGAGAUCCUGGACAGGUGUUUCGAUAAUUAAUUGGUUCCAAUUUUCAAGAAUAUGAUUGGCCACUUAUUCUGAUUCGUCACUGUUAUGGAAUUAAAGUCAACUGCUCAACAGAAAGCUGUAAACGUAUUCACAAACAAGUCACCCUCAGAAAUAAUGCCCCACAGUAUCAUAACACCUGCAUUCCCAGUGUCCUCUUUGACCGAUUCUUCAUACGAUGCCGUUCUCCUAGUAAAUGACGAUGCAGAACAUCUACCAGAACCGUUAAAACUCGCUUUGAAUGCCUUGAAAAAAUUCAGUGAGGUGAAUCCGAAGUUUUCUGAUGAAAUCAGUGUGAUUCCAUUUCCGGAACAUCCAUCGAAGAGAUUGAUAUUUAGUCCAACGGGUCAGUUGAAUACAGACGAAGCGGAUAUACGGAAUGUGUAUGAUGCUGCUGUAGAUGGAAUGAAAAAAUUGUUAAAGAUUGGUUGCAAAUCGCCGUUAUUAUGUUGUGGAUCAUUAGUCUCAGCUCCAAAAGAAUUUCAGUGGACAGAUCGUAGUUGUCUAUUGUUGAACGCUGUUCUGGGAGCAUAUCACGCAUUGUAUACGCCUCUUGAAGUCCGUGAAAUGGUUCCUGAAAAGUUUCCCAAAGCAUUACGAUUUGGUGUGAUGGAGGCGGACGAGCGUUUACUAAACACCGCUAUGGCUAUUGAAGAAGGUCGAAUAGUCGCACGCGAUAUCGGUGGGUCAGAUCCAGAACGAAUGGCGGCUCCGAAGAUUGUAGAGUAUUUGGAGAAUGCUUUGAGUGGUCUUACUGGUAUUAAAAUGACAGUGGAGAAGGUUGAUGUGAAGAAGUAUCCGUUGAUGGCAGCUGUCAAUCGAGCUGCAUCAGUUGUUCCUCGUCAUGAUGGAAGGGUCGUUCACCUAGACUAUACACCUCCUAAUGCAAAGGAGAUCGACACAUCGUUGUUCCUUGUCGGUAAAGGUAUCACAUAUGACACUGGUGGUGCUGAUGUGAAACCAAGUGGGAAUAUGGCUGGAAUGCAUAGAGACAAGUGUGGUGCAGCAGCGAUAGCUGGUUUAUUCAAAACUGUUGGUUUGUUGCAGCCUGGUGGGUUGAGUAUAUCAGCUGGAUUGGCCUUCGUACGAAAUAGUGUUGGAGCUGAAUCUUACGUGGCUGAUGAGAUUAUAGUUGCACGUUCUGGACAGCGUGUCCGUAUCGCUCACUCAGAUGCUGAAGGUCGAACGGUUAUGGCUGAUUUAUUGUGUGAAGCCAAAGAAAAGGCUCUCAAGGCUAAAAAUCCAUUUUUGUUUACAGUGGCUACACUGACUGGACAUGUAAUUCGAGCAUAUAAACACUAUACGGCUGUAAUGGACAAUGGACCAGCACGAGUGAAGAAAGUCUCUCAGGAACUACAGAGUGCUGGUGAUUUAAUCUCAGAUGUUGUAGAAAUUUCAACUCUUCGUAAAGAAGACUAUGCUAUGAACAAGGCUAAAAGUGAAUAUGAAGAUUUGAUACAGUCUAAUAACUUACCAAGCAGCGCCACACCUCGUGGUCAUCAGAUGCCAGCUGCAUUUCUUGUUUCAGUCAGUGGUUUGAAUAAGCAUGGUUUGGAUUCCAAAACUCAACUACCAUAUACCCACGUGGAUGUGGCUGGUAGUGCUGGUGAGAUUUAUGUGACACCGACGGCUGCUCCAUUGAUGAUGUUUGCCAGGAGUGAUAAUAACAAUAAUAAGAAGAUUGAAUGA